AUGCUGGCUCGACGGUGUACACGGCAGCUGUCGUCUGCACUCCGAUGCAAUCCAACAGCUGCAUUCCGCACCCGUCUGCGCUGUCUUGCCACCGCAGCCACGACGUUUGAAAACGGGACGAACAACUAUUACGCUCAGGAAAUGUACAGGUCUUGGAAACAGGAUCCCUCGUCUGUGCAUGCUUCCUGGAAUGCUUAUUUCUCUGCACUCGACAAGGGACUCGGCAGCGACCAGGCCUUUCAACUCCCUCCAAGCCUACACAACGUUCCUCAGCCGGCGGGUGGAGCACCCACCCUCCACAUGCACGGCGACAAGGAACUCACAGACGCCCUCAAAGUCCAGCUACUCGUCAGAGCAUACCAGGUCCGGGGCCAUCACGUCGCCAACUUGGAUCCUCUCGGUAUCCUCGAUCCCGACCUCAGCCCUGCCCGACCUAUCGAGCUCGAGCUCAGCCAUUAUGGCUUCACAGAAGCAGACCUUAAAAAGGAGUUUAGCCUUGGUCCAGGUAUCCUCCCCCACUUUGCCAAAAAUGGCGUUUCGUCCAUGACCCUCGAGGAUAUUAUCAAGACAUGCAAGCGUGUCUACUGCAGAGCCAUCGGUUAUCAGUACAUUCACAUCCCCGACAAGGAACAGUGCGACUGGAUCAGGGAGCGAGUGGAGAUUCCAAACCCAUGGAGUUAUAGCGUCGAAGAAAAGCGCAUGAUUCUCGACAGACUGAUGUGGUCGGAAAUGUUUGAAAAGUUUAUCGCCAGCAAGUACCCCAACGAAAAGCGAUUUGGUCUCGAAGGCUGCGAGUCGCUUAUCCCCGGCAUGAAGGCGCUCAUUGACCGCUCCGUAGAGCAUGGUGUCAAGCACGUCAUCAUGGGCAUGCCGCAUCGAGGACGGUUAAACGUUCUCGCCAAUGUCAUCCGAAAGCCUAUCGAGGCCAUUCUCAACGAGUUUAGCGGCGGCGUACACGGGGAGGAUGCCGGAGGAGACGUCAAGUAUCACCUGGGUGCCAACUAUGUCCGACCGACGCCCUCUGGCAAGCGCGUCAGUCUUUCCCUCGUCGCCAAUCCUAGUCACUUGGAAGCGGAAGACCCACUCGUCCUUGGCAAAACACGUGCCAUUCAACAUUUCGAAAACGACGAGUUUAACCACAAUACCGCUCUGGGCGUCUUGCUUCACGGUGACGCCGCGUUUGCCGGACAAGGUGUCGUCUAUGAGACGAUGGGCUUCCACAAUCUCCCAAGUUACGGAACAGGAGGAACAAUCCAUCUCAUUGUGAACAACCAAAUUGGUUUCACAACCGACCCUCGCUUCUCGCGAUCCACGCCAUAUUGCUCAGAUAUCGCCAAAGCCAUCGACGCUCCCAUCUUCCACGUCAACGGAGAUAAUGUCGAAGCCGUCACGUUUGUUUGCCAACUCGCAGCUGACUGGCGGGCCAAAUACAAGAAGGACGUUGUUGUCGACAUUAUCUGUUACCGCCGCUAUGGGCACAACGAGACUGAUCAGCCAUCAUUCACCCAGCCUCGCAUGUACAAGGCCAUCGAAAAACAACCGACUCCACUCACACAGUAUACCAACUUCCUCUCCAAACAAAAAACGUUUACCGACCAAGACAUUGAGGAACACCGGAAGUGGGUGUGGGGAAUGCUGGAAAAGGCAGCUGCUGGCGCAAAGACGUACGAACCAAGUCCCAAAGAGUGGCUCUCAAGCGAGUGGCCCAACUUCCCGUCUCCAAAGGAGCUCGCAGAGAACAAUCUACCUCACCUCCCGACGGGCGUAGCCGAGGAGACGCUCAAACACAUUGGCAAGGUCAUCUCGUCAUACCCCGAAGGCUUCAAUGUGCACCGCAACCUUGCACGCAUUUUGCAAACAAGAGGCAAGACGGUCGAAGAAGGCACAAACAUUGACAUGUCGACUGCCGAAGCCCUCGCGAUGGGUGCACUUGUGCUCGAAAAGAUUGAUGUCCGUAUCAGUGGUCAAGAUGUCGAGCGUGGUACCUUUAGUCAACGUCACGCGGUGCUCCAUGAUCAAGCGACGGAGCGACAGUAUGUUCCAUUGAAGAACUUGGGCAAAGAUCAGGCGGCAUUCACGGCUUGUAACAGCUCAUUGUCCGAGUACGGUGUGCUUGGAUUCGAGCUCGGCUAUUCGCUUGUCUCGCCUGCAAGUCUCGUCAUCUGGGAGGCGCAAUUCGGUGAUUUCGCGAACAAUGCCCAAGUCAUUAUCGACCAGUUCAUCGCCUCUGGUGAACGGAAAUGGCUCCAGCGCACCGGUUUGGUGAUGAGCAUGCCUCAUGGAUACGAUGGACAAGGACCAGAACACAGCUCUGGACGUAUCGAGCGUUUCUUGCAGCUCUGCGACGAUCAUCCGCACAUCUUCCCGCCACCAGAGAAGUUGGCAAGGCAGCAUCAAGAUUGUAACAUGCAGAUCGUCUAUCCUACCACACCUGCCAACUACUUCCACGUUCUCCGCCGACAAAUUCACCGUGAAUUCCGCAAGCCACUCAUUCUCUUCUUCUCCAAGUCUCUCCUCCGUCACCCACAAGCGCGUUCGGAUCUGAGCGAGAUGACUGGUGAGACGCACUUCCAGCGAUACCUGCCCGAGCCGCACCCAGAACAACUCGUUGCCCCCGAGGAGAUUCGUCGACACAUUUUGUGCACCGGGCAGGUCUACUACACUCUCCUCAAAGAGCGUGAGGCUCGACAGGCAUGGGACGUUGCAAUCUCGCGACUUGAACAACUUUCGCCGUUCCCAUAUGACUUGUUGACACCCCACCUUGACAAAUAUCCAAAUGCCGACUUGAUGUGGUGCCAAGAAGAGCCACUUAACUGCGGCGCUUGGACGUAUGUGGGCACGCGCAUCUUGACAGCUGCAAAUGAAACGGAGCAUCACAAGGGCAAGUAUCCAUACUAUGCGGGACGACCACCGUACAGCUCUGUCGCCACUGGUAGCAAGGCUCAGCAUAUGAAGGAAGUAUCGCAGCUCGUAGAGCAGGCGUUUGCUCCCCGAUAA